UUCUUCAAGUCACUUUCGCUUAUCAUCGAAUUUAUCAACACGAAAAUGUUACCAAAAUGUGUUAUUUGUAAAAUUUUAUUUUAUUUACAUAAUUUGUGUUUAUGUUAAGAAAUAAUAAUCGAAAAUAAAAAUCAUGGAGGUCAAUCCUCUGGCGGUAAUCAUCGUGAACUCCGAUAGCAAAGGCGAUCGCCUGCUCUUUCGAUAUCCUUAUCGAAUCGAAUGCGACAGUGGAGUUGUAAACAAACAUAAAAAACGCAAUCCCUAUGCCAUAAACACCUCCGACGACAUCCUCCAGAAAACUCCCCAACACACGUCCAACAUAACUAAAGGUCAUCUCACAGGAUUUACCGAUGAAGUGCUGUCCACGCUAUUUGCCGUCAAAUCCGAGCUGUGCAAUCAAAAAUUCGAACUGAAGGUAAACGAUGUUCGCUUUGUAAGUCAUCCUACUUUGAUGCAGCGCAAGGAGUUCCGCAAGUCGUCGUCGACUGAACGACACUUGAUCUUGAUAAAUAUAGUUUUCGCACUCCAUGCACAAGCAUCAUUUUCCAUAGUCAAAAGCUACUAUCAGCUUAGCAAGAAAUUGGGUCUGGCAUUGAAAAUGGAAGAGCAACGUGUAGGUUAUCUCUCCGAGGAGAUAGGUCAAAUGAUUAAAACUCACGAUGAGGUGGCGAAUACAAUCGAACUAGACAGUGCCGUGGCUGGCGAUCGUGAUUUGUCAGCCUUCGAUAUAAUCCUUGAGAAAUCUAGCCUCGCUCAGGCUAUCAAGUCAGUGCAUCAGGAUCUUUGCACAACGGGGUUGCUAAAUACAACUUUGAAUCAGUCACUUACGUUGAGUUUUUGUCUGCCACAAAAGGCACACCAGAGCCACAAGAAAGGUUGCAUUGUGGAGCCAGAGGCAAUUGACAAGUGUUUGAAAUCCUUAAAACCAUAUCAUGGGAUGCUUUUGCUUGUUGACUUUGCAGAGCUUCUCGAUUGCGUGCCUCCCUCUGGAGCAAGUAUGCUGUUGCAAUUCUUCGAAGUCUAUAACCCUUUGAAGAGCUUGCAAAACAUGGCAUCGGAUGCAGACCUUCACAUUGACCAUGUGAAUAAGUUGGUUGGCCAUCUUGUCUAUUGGGCGAAGGCCACUAUCAUCUAUCCCCUGUGUGAAACCAAUGUCUACGUUAUCGCUCCAGAUGCUCCUCUCCAUACGAAGUCUCAUUUGGUUGAGAAGUUUGCAGCACGCUUCUCAGGAAUGUCCUUAUUCGAGGUGAUAAGUGAUUUCUCGUUGCCCACAUCUAUUGGACAUCUGACCACACCUCUCCAGCAAACAGCCCGUCAGAGGAUACUCGCGCAGAUGGUUCUUUGGAUGUUGCAGCAUCAUCUUUUGAUGCAACUUCAUACAUAUGUUCAGUUCAUGCCAAGCGACAUGGAUGACUGUGACAAUCGUUCCAUAGACUUCAACAACGACGUGGUCAGACGAGAUGAUGACACGGAACAGGAUAUUGAUGAAGUCUUGGAUGACGAGAUUCCCCGAAGUAGUCUUGGUCAGGCCAGUGAUGAUGAAUUAAAUGAUGGUUCCAUGUUAAGUAUGUCCAGUCAGCCUCUUCCAGUGCCGAAUAUAAGUGGGCGUUCCAUAACAGAAGAUAGAUUCUCGGCUGCCGGAUCGACAGUUUCAGAUAACAUCGCAGCGCAACCAAGCUCGAGUCAUAAAUCGAAUUUUAGUAUGACGGCAUCAAUGAGCACAGACAAUUGUGAUAGUAUCGAUUCCAUUGAAGACGAAGAAAAAAUCAAAGAUCUGUUAAAUGUUUUCCAACUACAAGACCGCAUUGCGAUUCAACGAAUUCCAGCAUCGACCAAUGUUGACGAUCUGUCGCUGAUGGUGAAACUCUAUCAGGCAGGCUAUUUUAAGAGUGAACAUCAUCUGGAGGAGAUAAUGUACUUUGAAAAUUUGAGGCGAUGGCAAUUGCUGCAGUUGCUCGAUAAGUUCCGUGAUGUUUUGGUUAUUUAUGAAACAGAGGAUCCUGCAAUUGCGUCUAUGUAUCAGAAUAUAACCAACUUUAACUGAAUUUUUGUAAAAUGUAGGAUAAGUGAUAAUGUAAAGUAUGUAUGUAUGUAUAACUGUUUUUUCUUAUUAUUAUUUAUAAUUCCAAUAAACAAAAAUUAUUUUAGCAAUACAA